AUGCCGACACCUAAAGUCCCCUCUGCUUUUCUUGACCUCGUCGGCGCCAACCGCGACCUGUGGACAUGGGAGCCUUGGAUCGACUUCACAGGGCUGAGCGACACCCCCUGGAGCGGCAAACCCGGCUCAAAGCCCAAGGGCUGGACGGACGACAACGUCGUGAGCGUUCGCGCAAUGGUGAACGCGUAUUGGACGGUCGCGCCGAAGGACCGAAUGGUGUUCUUCAAGGACCGGCAAAGCGGCGCAAAAGGCAAGUCUAAAGCGUCAUCCCCCCUCUCAGCGGCCGACCUGGGCGUCCUUCACACAGACGCACGCAACAAAUGGUCGGCGUGGUUCAACGAGCUC